UGCCGCUUUCCGGAAUCAACUAGUUUACAGGUCGGAGAAUUCAUUUGCAGAAACAUCUUUCAGCAUUUUCACUGCUUCUUUGCAGGACAGCAUGGCCAAACCUGACUACUCUGGUACUUUUCAUAUGGUGGAACAGGAGAACAUGGAUGCCUAUCUCGCAGCUUUAGACAUCAACUUUGCUCUGAGGAAGCUCGUAUGUCUACUCAAGCCCACCAAAGACAUCACUCAUGAUCCCGCCACGGGGGCCAUGAAGAUCCGCACCCUCACCACUUUGAGGAACUUCAACAUGGAUUUCGUCAUUGGGGAGGAGUUCACAGAAGACUUGGGCCCAGUGGACGGUCGCACGUGCCAGACCACCGUUAGCUGGGAAGGGGACUCGCUGGUUUGCGUACAGCGAGGCGAGAAAGAAGGCCGAGGCUGGACUCAUUGGCUGGACGGUGACAAACUGCAUUUGGAGAUGAGAGUGGAAGGUGUCGUUGCUAAGCAAGUUUUCAAGAAGGCUGAUUGAAGUCUGGGAGAACUGUGGACCCCCCACUAAUCGUGUGGUGGUGGGGUGUGCAAUGUAAACUCUGUAUAAGGAAUAGUCAAGGUACAUGUAUAAUGUUUACAUUUACUGGGCAGUAUGUAUUUGAACUAGAAGAUGAAUUUCUGGACGAUGUGUCUCUUACUGUAGAUGUUAUGUCACUUUAUAUUCAUUUCAGGUCACUUCGUUGUUAAUUUUAGGGUACUUACAGGUCACUUUCUGUUGACUAUGGGUCACUUCCUGUUUUUUGGGGGGUAUUUUCUGGUCUCUUCCUGUUGAUCUCAUGUGAUUUUUCCCAUUAGAAAUGAAUUGGAAAUAAAUGUGGAUGUUUUUGUCAAAUUUUGGUAGAACCGUACAUUUUUGGCCAAAACCAUUUUAUAGAAUUUUUGUAUGCCUUUAUUUACUGAAUUUUUGAUGUGUACAUUAUGUGAAUUGGAUAAAAAGAAAUGUAGGAUGACAUUCAUUGUCAUCCAAUCCAGCAGUAAAUGCUGCCAAUUAUGCACCUGAAAUCAUUACUACUCCUUUUGCAACCUUAUUUCUCCAAAAUUGAUUAAAUUGCUCCUUAGCCUCAUAAUUCUACAGGAAAAAAAUCCAAUCAGCAUUAACAUUU